GUAGCCGGUCUCGACCCUGACACUAAUAAGCCUUAUAUCUGCGCAAUGGACACCAUUGGAUGUAUUGCUUCACCGAAGGACUUUGUUGCUGUUGGAACCGGACAAGAAUAUUUGCUUGGUGUUUGUGAGAGCUUUUGGCGGGAGAAUAUGAACCCAGAAGAGUUGUUUGAAGCCACUGCGCAGUCCAUGCUAUCAUGCUUAGAAAGAGAUGCCGCAUCCGGAUGGGGUGUUGUUGUGUAUACGAUUACGAAAGAUAAGGUUGGAGAUUUUUAUGUCAACAUCACCACAUUGAAGGGCAGAAUGGAUUAA